UGCUACGAGGCUCAGAGGCCACUGAAAUUCCCCAUCUUGGAGACUUUUCGACGCUUGCAUGAAGAAACUAAAUUGUUUUGCCUUUGAGAGGAAUCUAUAUACUUUAAGGGAAAAUCGUUCGCGGCGUCGUGAUCGUUGUUAGGAAUUGCAAAAGUGCUAUGAAUUCAAUUGUCCGUUUGCGUUUCUAGCUUCUUGACUGCGUUCGACCUGACGCGCUACCGAGUUGCAAAGGCGGAGCAUAUCUGUUCUGGAGAGUGUGGUGGAUUGCUUUGGAUUGAAAUAACGAGAGAGAACUCUUGAAAUCACAACACCGUGUGCAGGACCAGAAUCAAAAAGCCAUGUCAGGAAGAACAAAACGAGGUCCAGGUAGACCAAGAAUCACAGAGACUGUGCAUUCCUUGAGUCCAUAUCCAAGUUCACCAUUGACACCAGACUCAGAAGAAGGUUACAUCUUGAGUAUGAGAGAAGAAAGUAGAUCAACAAGGGUGCGGAACAGACCAAAACCACAGCCUGCAAAGAAGACGAGGGUCAAUGCACAGAGCAAGUUGAAAUCUCCUAUCAGAGCUUCACCAAUUGGUUCCUGUACUGAAAGUAACCCAGGCUUGGACCAUGAGAAUAUGAUGGAGAUGUCACCUUACUCUGUGCCUCUGGAUGGGCAGUCAUUGUAUGAUAAUUUGACUCCGGAUGACUUUGGAGUUGUAAAACGACCAACAGUGGACCCAGAUGAAGAACUGGCUAAAAACAAAACAUGUUCAUUCUGCAAUUGUGGUGUGGAGAAACGCAUGUUUCAUGGCAAACUCCAGAGAUAUGCACCCACUCCAGGAUUCAACCCUGUCAAAAAGCUCCAAAACAGACACAGACAGAACAGUGGCUGUGAUCCUUUCAGAGACCGGUCAUACUUAGAUGCUUGUGACACAGGACAAUUUGCCGAAGAUCAACCAGAACCUCCACCUGUAGUAACUCGCCGUGGGCCUGGCAGACCACCUGGACGUGGACGACGGAAGGGAAUUGUGGUUGUAGGGUUGCCAUUAAGAACUGGUACCAAUGACUUGACAAUUGACAAGACUACAUAUGGGACUGUGAAGGAGAAAGAGUUGAGUGAUGUGUUUGAAGAAGAUGGUUACACCUGGGCCCAUCACUGCUGUGCUGCAUGGUCUGAAGGGGUCAGCCAGACAGAUUCCUAUGAUUUAAUCAAUGUUGACAAGGCAGUUGUAAAAGCUAUGUCUGAGCGAUGUGAUCAUUGCAAUCGGUUUGGUGCAAGUGUCGUUUGUCAAAUGCCACGCUGUGGCAAGACCUAUCACUAUCCUUGUGCAGCAAGUAGUGGUUCUUUUCAGGACAUUAAAUCUAUGACCAUGUUAUGCCCAGAGCAUUUGGGAGAUGCAGGUCGUCUUGCCGGUGGCGAAGCUGAAUGCGUCCUCUGUGGGGAUGCAAAGGAUUUUUCAGAACAGAUAUUCUGCACAAGCUGUGGCCGUCAUUAUCAUGGCCGGUGCUUGGAUCCUUCUGUUGAUUUGACUCCUCUAAUAAGAAUGGGCUGGCAGUGUCCAGAUUGUAAAGUCUGUCAAGGUUGCAGGCAACCUGGUGAUGACAAUAGAAUGUUAGUUUGUGACUUGUGUGACACUGGAUAUCAUACAUAUUGUUUGGACCCUCCUAUGAGCACCAUACCCAAGACUGGCUGGAAGUGUGUGGCUUGCCGUCGUUGUGAAGACUGCGGUUCAAAUACUCCGGGAGGUGGUCCUACUUCUCGUUGGCAUCAUAAUUUCUCAGUGUGUGAUAGUUGCUAUCAACAACGUAACAAAGGCCUCUUUUGUCCUUUGUGUGGGAGAGCUUACAGACAGUUCACUGAUGUUGCCAUGGUGCAGUGUUUCUCUUGUGAGAAGUGGAUCCAUGCAAGCUGUGACAACAUUGAUAAGGAAGAAUAUCAAAAGUAUACUGCCAAGGAGUAUCCAUACUUCUGUCCGAGCUGCAAGCCAGAGAAGGGAUCUUUACAGCUGUUGGAUAAGAAUCAUGGACUAGACCUAACAUUUACCACACAGCAUAACCAUAUGGACAUAAACAACCUUGACUGCCCACCAGAAGAAGACAAGCGUACGCUUACAAUAGCAGCAGGCCGCAUGAGCCCUUGUAACAUGGAUAGUGACCUUCUUUUGGUUCCUCAUCUGGAUGAUAUAAGUGCACUACGUCAUUUUGACCCUGUCCUGGAUGUAACGGAUACAGAAACCAUUCCUAUGCCAAACCUUGACAACAUUGAACCCGAGAAAUUGCAGCUAGGUGAAAAGUUGCCACUGGACGAGGAAAUGGAAGUUGUUGUGAAGCCAGAUCAUGAGUUGGAUUUACUGACACACUCAGGCGGUCUAGGAGAGCCGUGUUCUUUGCCAUCACUUUCAGUAGCUAACCAGUUAAUGGACAGACACCUCACUGUUCCAAAGGCUCCUGUACCCAACUACUAUUCACCCCGAAACUCGUUGAUAACACCUCCGAGGCUGUCAGGAAAGAGGAAGUUGUCCAGCAAAAUCAGGCCAAAGGCAGCAAAUUCAUUGCAUCAGACCAGUAAGGAAGAAGAAUCGGAGAGCCUACACACAACUCUUGUGCUGUUCUCAGCUGAUGAUGAAUUCACCACAAAACAGGACAUGUGCUUGUGCUGUGGAAGUUUUGGCAAGGGUCCAGAAGGGCAACUGAUAAUGUGCUCACAGUGUGGGCAGUCUUACCACCCCUACUGUGUUGGUGUUAAGGUCAACAAAGUAAUCUUGACAAAAGGUUGGCGUUGCUUGGAUUGCACUCUCUGUGAGGGCUGUGGAAAAGGAAGUGACGAGGCUCGUCUUCUACUCUGUGACAGCUGUGACAUCUCGUAUCACACCUAUUGCCUUGACCCACCAUUAUGUCAUGUUCCUCAGGGUGGAUGGAAGUGCAAAUGGUGUGUGACCUGUUUUGACUGUGCAGCUACCACACCUGGAGUUGGUUGCCAGUGGAUGUCAAAUUACACUCAGUGUGGGCCUUGUGCUAGUAAAACAAUCUGUCCUGUCUGCAAAAUCAAGUACAACACCAAUGACCUUAUGAUACAGUGUGCACAUUGUGACAGGUGGCUUCAUGGCUCAUGUGACGGUCUUGUCAGUGAAGAAGAAUUGGAUAGGGCCGCAGAAUAUGGAUAUCACUGUUUGUAUUGUCGUCCCAAAACCAAGCGUGCACUUGUCGGUGUCAGUGGUAUGUCUUGUAGAACCUCAUCUGCUUCCCAACCUUUCCUCACCUUCUUAUCUUCUGCUGGAACUAACACUCUGCAUGGUCCCCCAUCACCAAGGGCUACAGCUUUACACCAUUAUCGACCUCAGUCUCUAAAUGAUGAUCUACAGUCUCAACUCGAUGGAAAGCCUUUACAUCCCUGUCAGCGUGUCAACAACAACUUGGUUGAACUGAAGCUAUCAAACCACUUCAACAAAGUGCAGAUAACAGCUCCCUUUUCGGGUAACACUAUUGAACUGACAGAGUCUGGUCUGCGGCACAUGAAUAGGCUAAAGUUACCACCAAGCAGUAGGAGGCGAGUGGUCAAGAGCAAGCUGAAGCCUAAAAAGUUUAGCACGCCUACCGGUCCAGUCAAGAGGAACAGCUUUGCAGGCCACUGGCAAGACAAAGAUGUCAUGUUCAAUAGGGCUGUCGUGGAAGAUGGUAGCAUGGAUAUGAUGGAUGAUAUGGACAGCAUUAAACACAAGUCACCCCUGGCUCCAUCCAGAGUCAGUAGAUCCAGGCAAUCUAAUGUGGGGCGCCCAGGAGUUGGUGGAUUUGUGCUGCAUGGUCGUGGCUCAGGAGGGAGGAGAUAUGCUGGUCGUGGUGCUCGAGCAAAUAUGAAGAAGAAAGGGCCUGCAUUUGCUCCAACAGCACAGGGGCCUUCCAACUUGAAUCAUUUGGGAAAUCAGCUGUCACAGCAAACUUAUCCGAGUGGAAUAAGUAGUCCUUCCUUUGGUAGCAAACCUUCUCCAUUCACUGAGUUGGAGCCUUCACUAAAUCAAGUAAGCAGUGAUUGUUGGGCUGAUGCAUCUGAUGAGAAUGCUCUGCAGGAGUCCUAUCCUAAGUGGAUUCAGGAGGCGUUCUUUGGCAAAGACCUUCUAGAUACACUCGGUAGAGAGAAACGAUCAAAGCACGGUGGCAAGACACCGUCAACCCCUUCUGAGGAUGAAGAUAAGGCAAACCAAGACCCUUUUGUUGUGAGACAAAGUUCAAUUAACCCUGAAAGGCAGCAGGCGUCGUUUGAUGGCUCAGGACAAGUUCCAUUUCAGAUGAUGCCUGGGGAAGAGAGGCAGCAUCCUGGUCAUUCAACAGGUUAUCCAAGAGGAGCAUUGAGUGCACAUGACAACUGGCAGCAAUCUGCCAAUGCAGACCCAUUUCCAUCACACGCCAUCAACCUGACAGAAGACGUCCCCAAUCCAGAUGCUCUGUACAGGUCAUUGGAUAUGCUAACAGAUGACUUACCAGGAACUCAGAAUGAUUCUCAUUCCACAAACAGAGUACUUCAACCGCCAGCUUCUCAGCAUCCUUCACCAGCACCCACUUCUCAAUCACAUAUUCCCACCGCAGCUUCUUCUUGGAAUCAAACCCAGACUCGCCCUCAGGGAAAUGACCUUGAUAUUCUUUGCAACACUGGAGACAUCUUACCUCAUGUGGAUGGGCAAGAAGUGGAAGAGAUCUUCAUGGAUAUUGAAAGAGAAAUGAACAUUGGACCGCUGAGUUUUCUGGAUUCUGAAAUGGACAACAACGUGGCCAACGUGCAAGAGCAGUUUCCACCACAGAGUGAUAAUUCUGUGUCAGGUCAUGGUGUAGGCUUUCAAGCAAGCCAACAUCCAAUGAGUGUUUACAAUCAAGGCACCACUAAUCAGGGGUACAAUCCUGGCCCAACACACUUUCAGAGUGGAGGAUCGGGUUAUCAACGGGGCCCUCAGAAUCACAUGGAUGGCUUUACUAAUUCUGUUGUUCCAGGUCAAAUCGGUUUCAACCACAAUAAUACAUUCCCGAGAGGGAACGAAUUCGAUCUAGAUGAUCUUCCCAGGGAGAGACGCAGACCUCCAAGUCCACGGGUAGACCCAAUGAAACAACAGCAGAAGUGGGAAGAAGAUGAAAAGCUCGGUGCUACAGCAACAAUAUCGCCAGUACUAUAUGCCAACUUGGAACACAUUAACUUGAAGCAGGAGUAUCCAGACUGGCCCAACAGAUACAGAGCAAUUGCAAGAUUAUGGCGAAAACUUUCAGUUGAGCAAAGGGAACCGUACAGGUUAAAGGCCAGGGACAACCGUGUUAGACUGAAAGACCAGGGGAAAAAGCUGAUUGCAAAAAACGAGGAGAAAGCAAAGUUAGAGUCCCAGAAGGCGUUGCAAAUAAAGCAGCAGCAGCAGCAACAACAACAACAACAACAACAACAACAACAGGAGCUGCAGUUACAGGAACAACAACAGCAAAUGCAGCACCAGCAGUUAGAACAACAACAACAGCAAAUGCUACAGCACCAACAGCAACAACAACAGGCUCUACAGCUACCCUCUCAAUCUUCACAAGGUCAAUCUCUACUGCAUCAGCAUGAUCAGCGUACAGCGUCUACAUCUCUUUGUCCAGUCACAGAAAGUGGAAUGCUUCCAGUAAAUAGUGUCAUGCCCGUUCCCCUCACACCUAGCACACCUGCAAGGUCAAUUACACCUGUGACACCUGGCACCCCGGGCCCCUUGACCCCAACCACGCCCACCACACCCACGUUCAGUCAAGUGAUGGGUCACCCCCCAAUUGGACCUCCGAUUCCAGCAGCUAUAGCAGGUCAUCAGUCUUCAGGCAAAACUACGAGUAACAAAGGUAAAAAAAGUAAAGAGGAAAAAGAGAGAGAGAAAGAACUGAGAAAACAGAGACUUCGCAUUCAACAAGAGCAGGAGCGACAGUGGAAAAUCCUCCAGCAGAAGAGAGCCUUGGAGCAACAGCGUCAACAACAGCAACAGCAACAAGAGAAUGUCUUGCUUCGACAGGAACUCAAAAAGCAACAACAAGCAAAGGGAACUAAAGUACCUGAAGAACAGAAGAAAAAGCGUUUAUCCAAAAGUGGAAGACGAGCCUCCUCGCAGGCAUCUAAGGCUACUGACAAAUCUGGAAGUGGCUCACAUGACUCACCGCAUCUUCAAAAUAGCAUGGCACCCCCUGAAGGCGCUGACAGUAGAGUAGAAGAACAAGUAUUACCUGCUGGCCCUUCAUUUUCAUCAGCACCCAGAGCUAAUGCAAACGCUCUUGCAUCUACCAGUCAAUAUCAGCAUGAAUCGUCUCUCGACUUUUUGACUCCUUACGAUGCACAACGCAAUGGAUUGUUAGGAGAAAGGCAGAGUGAUGGAAGUGCGAAUUCUAGUCAUCAUUCCUCAAACUCAAAUGCAGGUGACAUCCAUUCUGCACAGGCAGGUGCCAACCACCAGUUUCAGAGAUCUACGCUUUGGGAGAAGGAACAUGGGGAAGAGGCAGUUCAUCAUACUGAUGGAUCAAUCUGGCAAAAGUCACAGAGCUGCAGUGAACUUCAAGACCAGAAACAGACUAAUCGCUCGUUAAGUUUAAACCAAGUUUCACAGGCACAUGAAGGUUCUAAGCAUAAUUUGUGGGGUUGUGACAACUCGCAACCUGAGACGAUUCAAGAUCAGACGGGAAGAGAAAACGCUGAAGGCAAGGUUCUAUUUCUUGAACAAAACACAGGACCUUUACAAGAAGGGGUCCGAGAAGAACAGAAUUCCCAAAAUAACUAUGGUGCCCACGAGCAAGUCGUGUUUAACAAUGAAAGACAACAAUGGUCCCAUCCUCAUGUACCUGCAAUUCCUUCAACUCAAGCACCAAUGCUAAAUCAACAAUUGAGUUCUGAUAGUGGACAAAUUAUGCACCAACCAGCUGUAUCUGACGCCUUGCAGGCUGUUCCUUUUUCAGUACCACAGCAAACGGCAUUAAAACCCACGGAGCAACAUCUGCAGCAAGCUAUGGAAUUGCAACAACCUCCUCAACAAAUUCCUGUUAUGCAUUGGCAAGAGGAGCUGUCACAAGUUCGAGCCCAGGUGGCUGCUGCUCAUGACCUUCAUCCCUCUCAUUCUGUUGCUCCUUCCUCAGCUCUUGCACCUCCUCCAGUUGCACCACCCCCACCCCCAUUGACAUCAUCCCAGCAACCGCCUACCAUUCCACAACAGCCAUACGAACUGAGUUCUGGAUGGCUACAUCAGGGCCAGUUACCUUCUCAGGUACAGACACAACCAAUGGUAACAUUCCCACAGCCACCUCAACCCCACCAGGUACAUGGUCCUACAACUACGCAAGUGGCAAUGCCUCAGACACCAUUUCAACCUCCACCUCAGAUCCCUAUCCAGCUGCCACCCAAUCAUCCCACCAACCAACCCAUGUCAAAUCAACCUCAGGAUAGUCAAUUGCAACAGCCACAACAACAGCAAGAUGUGGUUCAGCGACAACAAAGAGACCAACUCAUAAGAGCCCAACAGCAACAGUUUUUUCAGAUAAUUCAGCAGCAACAGGCGAUUCAACAUCAGCAACAGGCGAUUCAACAUCAGCAACAGCAGCAACAGCAGCAACAGCAACAGAAUGCUGCUAUCCAACCAGGAUUUGCAAGGGCACGGUUCAAUACAGCUAUCAACACCAAAGAUCUGCCUGAAAUUGACACCGAGGAGGAACACCAGGAACGGCUUCGUUUUCUCUAUCGUCAACGCCAAGCACAAAAACAGCAACAGAUGCAGGUGCAAGCUCAACUGAUGCACCAAGCUUGGAUUCAACAGCAACUUGCUGCUGGGGGUAGUCAAGGAGUGGUUCCACCAGGUGUACUGGCAAUGGAUUCAUCCAACCCUCAAAUGUUGCAACAGUUUGCUCAACAAAUGCGUCCUCAAAUGCCGGACAUGACUCAGCAGCAAUUGCUUGCUGAAUAUCAAAGGAGAAUGACGCAGCGGCAAGACAUAGGCCAGCAGACCGUUCAAUAUGAUAAGGUAUUGCAGGAGUUCCAACAACAGCAAGGGAUUCCUGGUGGAAGUGCUCAUGCUGUAGGCCCUUUCAUUGAAGUCCCUCAUCAGAGAUUUGGCUUGAGACAGCCAACCCCUAUAGUCCAACCAGGUUUGAAGCCUAUAAUGCCAUAUGGGGGACUUGAUGGACAGUUCAUCGGUCAACAGCAGCAACUGUACAAGAUACAGUUGCAGCAACAAAUGAUGAUGCAGCAGCAGAAGAAGGAAACAUCCAAUAAGAGCACCCUUCGAGCAAGCCCUGUUACAGGAAAGGCUAAUGCAGAGGAAAGUGGUGGUGAAGUCAGUGGGAAUGUUCGUGAUGAUAAGCUAAAUGGCACAACUGUGUUGUCAGGUAACACCAACUCUGAAGCUGAAAAACUCCCUGAUAAAUCUGUGGAAUCCGGAACAGAAAAUGAAAAGCAACUGAGUGAAGGAAAAGGUAACAGUACAAGUGGAACAAACCAGGUGGCCAGUGAUUCUGGCAAGACAUCCUCUGAGUUUGUAAAGGGCGAGAAGUUAGAGAACGCUAUAUCUGAGAAAGACCAUUGUAGUGGUGACCAUAAAAGCGACCAGGAUAGUAGAGAGGUUAAUGAUGCGAGAGGAACAAACAGCUAUGAAGAAGAGACUGGCACCCCAAAUUCUAAAGAUGUAAGUGCACAUAUACCAGGGAGGUCAGAUGAUCCUAACACCACAACUGUACAAAGGGAAGAACUAUGUAAUGUUACCUGUCGGGAAAAGAAAGCUAGUAAAGACGAAGAUGUUGAAAAGGACCUUGCCAUGGCCAAUGUAAAUUGUGAUAGCCCUUCAGAUGAAAUAUGCUCAAAUGUCGCAAAUGAAAAUAAGUAUGAAGGUGGAAAUGAAUCGGAAAGAUGCUCUGAAGAACGAGAGACUUGUAUUGAACCACAGGGGGAGCAGGCGUCAGGUUCUCAGGCUCUUGAUUCAAACAAAUUGGAUGGAGCUGCAAACUUGAAAGAAGUGUCGCGUCAAGAAGGGAAGCGCCAAUCUAAACCUGAACCUUUGCUUGAAACCAACCAGGCACCUAUUCAGCCACACAACGCAACCAGUCAGGUAACUGCAGUACCUCCUCCUCAGCCCCAGCAUUUCCUCUAUCAACAGCAAUUUUUGUCAUUACAGCAGUCCUUUGUACAAAUGCAACAGCAAAGACAAGUUCUUGUUCAGCAGUACCAACAGUUGCAACAGCAACUGCACCAGGCUGGAGGACAAGAUCCAGUACUGGCAGGUCAGGUAAUGACUGUCCAAUCGCAAGGACAAGUUCUCCAACAACAGAUGUUACAAGCCUGGCAACAAAUGCAACUUAUACAACAGCAGGUGCAGCUUGGGGGAACAGCACAUCAGCAGCUUGCAAUUCAGCAACAGCCACAGGCCCAACAGCAACCACUUGUGGCUCCCCAAUGGCCUUCAGGAGUCCCACAAGGACAUUCAGUGGCAACACAAGCGGGAGUGUUUCCUGUGAGGCCCAGUGUUAUGGCAGUCCAGGGCCCUUUACAGCCGGGCAUGCCACUUGUAGAGAAGGGACUUGAACAGAAACCAAAAUCAAGGUCGAGGUCCAAAAGCAGGGACACGCCUCAACCAUCUCCAAUUAGACAACAAAGCCCUGCUAUCGACUGGCAGCCACCAAAGGGAAAACAGUCUAAAACAAGACAGAGGAAACCCAAAAAGUCAGAACCGCAAGCCAAUGAUCCAGAUCUUGAACGUCAACAGCAAGUGCUUCAGCAACAAAUAUACCAACAGAUGGAACAGCGGCAUCGGUUGAUGAAGCAGAAACAGGGGGUUUUCGUUGAACAGGGUCAACAGCCAGUUGUGCAACCUCCAAUGCCAUUACAACAACCUGGGCAACAGCCUCAAGUAUCUCUUCCGCAAAACAUGGUUGAACACCCAGGAAUAAUAGCACAGCCAUCCAUUGACGGCACCCAUCCAAUGCGACCUCUGUCGCACACACCAGAGCUUUCAAAAGGGCAACGGCCUGAUUCACAAGUUAAUUUCCCACCUGGUACACCAGGACCUCAGAUGCCUCUUCCAUCCAGUACUCAGAUUCCUCCGGGAUAUCCCCACGGUGCAGAACAAAGUUCUUUUUCACAAAGGUUCCCAACACCUGAGCAUUAUCUUCAGCAAUUUGGUCAACACCCCAACCAUCAAAGGCAACCACAAGUUCAUUAUGUUGCUGAAGCAAACAACCCUUUCAGUGACCAGUUUCAAGGGCUACACAGCAAAGGCAGGGGCAGAGGAGGGGCAAAGAAAACGUCUGGCUCUAGAAAGCCCGGAAAACCUCGCAGCAAGAAGACAGCAGAAGUUGAAGCUCCUUCAGAGGCGGAUCUCCAACAACAGCAGCAGACUAAUCCUACUUUAUCGGAGCAAAAUCUCCAGGGCCUUGGCCUUACCCCAUCUCAGCAAGCACAGGCUAUAAAGCUGGAAAGGCUGGAAUCGGAAGAAUCGGUUCCUCAAACACCCGACGCUCAACAAAGUGGCUUAUAUACCGGCUCCACUGGUGCUGGUGAAGGUGAAUGUCCCGAUGGUAAAAGUGAAAGUCAUGGUGCUGUAGGGCAAGAGGUGAAAGAGAAACCAUCAGAGGAAGUAUUUGCGGAGCAGUGUAUUGAAGCGAACUCACUUUCAGCCACUGGCGAGAAUAGUAAUUGUCAUGCGCCAUCUUUAAGAAAUGAAGAAAGUGAUGCCAACUUGUCCAACGAGAAGACGAAUACUACAGAGAACGAAAUUCCAGCUUCCGUACAAAACGAUUCUAGUGAGUCUGCUGAUGAGAGUAAACAACCGUGUGAUGGGACUGGGUUGGAAGCAUUACAAAAACUUGAAUCGAUGGUUGCAGACAUGGCUAACGAGGAGGAAGCCUGUAAGGAGCUGGAAAAGCAGAGUGAAUUGGAAAGAAUCCACUUGCCUUUAGAUGACGAUGUUUAUGACCCGGAAAUGGACAAGAUCUACGAGAGAGACUUCAUGGUAGAAGAAACUCAGUUUGAGCAGUGUUUGUUAUCUCCAAUUAAAGCUGUGGACAAUGGUUCUCAGGCAAAUUCUGUAGCAUCGCUGGAGUGCCACGAAGAAAGCCUCAUUUCGCCUUUGCUUGAGGAAACGGAAAGACGUAAGGAACGUCAAGCGUUUUUCGCUGAAUCUGCUUCCAGUGAAACAGCGGUCGCAGAUAACAAAAUUGCGGAUUUGGGAAAACCUGAAGUAGGAAAAGAACAUCAGACCGAAGAAGCAGAGCUGACUCCUUCAGAAUCAAGUAAACAUGCUGCUUGUAAUGUUACAAACAAGAAUGGAGUGGAAAAGGUGGAUCAUAUUUCAAGAAAUGCUCAUCCAACAGCUGGUCAAGAAAAGGUUGUUGAAGAAACCAGGAACGAUAUGUUGCAAGACGCGAACAUUGCUGACCAAGACUCCCAGCCACAGGAAAGAGACCUCAAUCCGACACCAAGUGCACAAGCGGAUGUCUCGCGCGUUGCUGAGGUGAAAGAGAACUACAGCGAUUCUUUUACCAAUCAAGGAAUUGAGACAGCUGUUCCUGAACUAACUCCAUCUACUUGCGAAACCAUAGAAAGUGUCGCACCUCCAGUCAAAACUACAAGUGAAGUACCCUUAGUUAAUAGUGUGGCACCUGUCGUCACAAGUAAUGGUGAGGUGCCUCUAGCCUCAGGCGGUGAGCAUAGACUUGUGGCGGAGCAAAUUAACUGCACCGUACCUGUGAACAGCCAGGAAUCCUUACCCCAACAAACAGCUAACGUGGCGAGUACAAUUGGCCCUGAGGCUCUGCAUGGAACAGUUGGCCAGAUACCCGAAGCUCUCGACCAUAAUCAGAGUAUCCAACCGGAAAGGCGUACUCCAUCAAAUCCUGCUCGUCCAGCAAAUGGCGAGAAACCUGCAAAGACACCCAAGCCGUCGAGUCGGCCAAAAAAUCCCCAGUCCAGUGGAGAGGGCCCGGUAAAGAAGAGGCCACAGGCGAAGGAGGAAGACCCCAUGAAGAAAAAGCUGCAGGAGCUACGUAGGCAAGAAUAUGAGCGGAAGAAACGUGAGUACGAGGAACAGCAAAAGAAGAAGCGUGAACUCCAGAAGGAACUUCGUAUCCAGAAACAGAUGAUAAGAGAGCAGAGGAAGAGGCAACGGAUAUACAUAAAUUCAAACAGCCGCAACAAACAGAAGACAGAAAUUGAGAGCAAUGCGAGCAAUUCCUUGAAGAUUUCCACUCCUAACAACACUCACAGGGAUCUCAAACCAGCUACACCACUUUCCCUUUGUGAACCAAAGUUGCUUUUGACCCAUGCUUUAACACAUCCGUAUGGCAGCAGGGCUUUCAACGGGCAGUGUCUCCUUAAAGGAAACUUUGGAUCUGCUAAAGUGGAUGGCAUGGUGGACUAUUAUGCACAGUUUCCAUCAUCUGACAUGGACAUUGUAGUGGGGCAUCCACCCACCCCACCCUCAUCUCUCCCGCCGUCACCUGGAAUACAUCAACACCGGACAGAUUCUAGUGGAAAACCGCUUGUCAAUGGCGAUGCUUCUCCCGAAGAACGCGAGGGAACCGAAUUGGCUCAUCUAAGCAAACCAUCAGCAAGCAGUCAGGAUACCGAACAUCAAGCAAAACGAGCUCGGUAUACAGGCGUUUUAGAAACUAGUAAAGGUGGUGUCAGUGUUCCCCCGUCAAUGCCCACUCCACCGCUCUCAGAUUCAGCAGCAACCGUCAGCGACAGAUUAGUUGAAAUAAUUUCAUCUGUGGGACAUCUCCCCGAAGAGCGCGCAGAAGCUAAUGGAAAGGAGUCCAGCAGUAGUUCAUCCUCAACCUCCCCCGAAACAGUUCAGUAUAUAGCAUCCUCUUCUCCUGAAUCAGAUGCUGUCAACAGAGUUCAGACCCCUCAGUUUUCAGCACUGGUGCAUCGUGACAGCACAGAUUCCCCAACAUUCCCGGCAGUGGCAAUCAAACGCGAGCAGGUAGAACAUUACCUUGACAACCGAGCUUCAUGCAGUCAAUCUUGUGGCAAUUUUUUGGAGGAUGGUUUCGUGCAAACUACGUGUAAAUUGGAAGCGCACAACUCGUCAAGGCUCGAGAACGAUACGGACGAUUUGGAUAGUAUAAAUGUGACACUAACUCUGUCGCCUACUUCAGAGCAAAGAGUAACAGAAACUGUAGCAUCAGUAGCAGACUUGAUAGGCUGCUCUCCACCCAGGCACUCUGACAUUGUCAUUGAGCCCGCAGGAAAAGGCUUUGCUACCAAAGGGUUUAUGGCGACCCACUCACUGACGACUCCAGGUGGAGAUAAUUUAAGUAAUUCUAUAGCUCCCAGGAGUCAUACGUCAUCGGACAUUUAUCAAAAGCAGCCCUUUUCUUGUUCGCAGUUGAGCUUAUCACCCAGCGAGGAAAAGUCCUCACGCAAGAAGCCCGAGGGGCCAUAUUGUAGGCAUUGUGACGUUUUGAUAAUAGGCAUUGGAGUUAAAAGAAAACCAGAAGACGACGCUGGGAAGACUACGGAAACAGCUGAAUUGAAUAGGACACAGCCUGAUGCUGGAGACUAUAAAAUCUAUGGAGUCAAUGUCGAAGCUGGCGACUGUACAGGGGACAUUUUCUGUUCGGAAGCUUGCUUAAAACAAUAUUUCGCGCAUUUCGGAUCUGCAUGUUCCUCGCCCACACGGGAAUGCAAACCAGACGUCAGUGUUAGAGAGCCUCCUUUAGAAGCGACUGUGACGUCAGUUGGUCAAACAAGCAUCGGAGCAGGGAAUGUAACGACAGUGAGUGAUGUGGAGACUCGGGGGAGUCUCGUGGCCGAUGGAUUAUCGCCGACAUCUUUACGAAAAAUACGCAGUCCCAGCUGGAAGGAUGAAGACGAAGAUGAAGAGACGAAGAUUUCUAAGCGACAGCGUCGGUUACGGUGGAAAAGAUGGCAACAGAGCGAAGAAGCCAAGAGCGACAACAAACAACGGAUAGAGUUGACACCUGAGGAAUCAGCUGAGCUUCUGGAGAAACACAACGAAUCAUUGAAGCCUCCUGCCAAUACAGUAGAUGACUUGAGGACGUGCACUCUUUGUGGUGCGAAAGGAGACGGUGAUAACAAUGCGUCAGCCCGGCUGUUGAAUCUAGAUGUCGACGUGUGGGUUCAUCUCAACUGUGCUCUCUGGUCCUUGGAAGUUUACGAAACGCUUAAUGGCGCAUUGAUGAAUGUCGAGGUGGCUGUGAAGCGAGGGACUGUUACGAAUUGUGUGGUUUGCUACAAAAGGGGCGCUACUGUGUCGUGCAAGCAGAAGAUUGGCCUCUCCAAGAUCGGCUGCCCAAACAAUUAUCACUUCAGUUGUGCCAUCUCUAAGGGAUGUUUGUUCCUAAAGGACAAGACCAUGCUGUGUCAUGAACAUAGACCAGAAGCCGCGGUGCUCGGAGACCAUGUACUCUCCACUUAUGCUGUGUUUAGGAAAGUUUAUGUGAACAGGGACGAGAUUCAACAGAUCGCCAGUAUGUUACGUCACAAUCAGGAGACCAGCGACAAGCCUCAAACGUUACGCGUGGGAAGCUUGGUGGUUAAAUCUCUGGGACAACUUUUGCCUCAUCAGCUACAAUCGUUCCACACCAGAGACGCCGUGUAUCCGGUUGGAUUCAAGACAAUUCGUCUCUACUGGAGCAUGCGCUCUGUGAAUCGCCGCUGUAAAUAUCACUGUGUGGUUGAAGACGCGGAAGGUUCACCAAGUUUUACCAUCAGGGUUGAUGAUGAUGGACAUGAUGAGCAACCGGUGUUCAGAGGAAAAACACCUAGAGAUGUAUGGCAGCAGAUUCUUGUUCCUAUUUUAAAAAUGAGGAAAGAAGCUGGUCUGGUGAACUUGUUCCCUCAGUACAUCACUGGUGAGGAUCUGUUUGGUUUGUCGGAGCAGUACGUCUUGCGGAUCAUCGAGUCGAUGCCUGGUGUCGAUCAAAUGCAGGGAUACAACAUGCGUUAUGGCCCGUCACCCAUCAUGGAGCUGCCGCUGGCGGUAAACCCCACGGGCAGUGCUAGAUCCGAGCCCCUGCUGAAGUCACAUUUCAAGAGCGCAAGAGCACGCGCCCUUCGAUCGGCCACAAGUUCUGGUUCGGCCGUGUCCCCCGCGGCCACCGUUGGUGGAGCAGGGAACUCGGAGGAGUCAUCCGGACUGUACCUCAAACAGUUUGUCUACUCCAAGGCGACACAAUACCGCAAGCUUAAAACCGAAUGGAAAACCAACGUUUUCCUGGGAAGAUCGAAUAUUCAGGGCUUAGGUCUGUUUGCAAACAAAGACAUGGAAGCGGGAAGCAUGGUGAUCGAGUACAUUGGUUCUAUUAUUCGAAACGAGGUCGCAAACAGAAGAGAGCAAAUCUAUGAAAAACAGAAUCGUGGUGUGUACAUGUUUAGAAUAGACUCUGACGCAGUGAUAGAUGCCACAAUGGCCGGCGGACCAGCACGUUACAUCAACCACUCCUGUAUGCCAAACUGUGUUGCUGAAGUUGUAACGUUUGAAAAGGACCAAAAGAUUAUCAUUAUAUCCAACAGGAAAGUUGAAAAGGGAGAAGAGCUCACUUAUGACUACAAAUUCGAAUUUGAAGAUGAAGAAAACAAGAUCCCAUGCCUUUGCGGUGCUCCGAAUUGCCGCAAAUGGAUGAACUAACGCGAAGACAUAUUGUGUUUCAAUCAGAAAUGUAUUUAUCGUUAUUUAUUUAACGUGUUUCCCCUUGACGGAAUGUUCUACAGUUUUUGGCCGGUUCAAAUCCUUAGAUUUCUUACUCUUAGGACUGCAAGGAAUAUAUAUAUAAAUAUAUGCAUAAAUUGUAUGCUGCAUCAUUAAAACAUAGUUUUAGUUCGCAUUUUUUUCCUUAUUUUUUUUUUUUGUAACACUUGAAGUAAAACCGCAAAGUCAAACAUGUUACAUAGGAAUUCAGUGAACAUAUUAAAAUUGCUUGUUUUUUUUUUGUUUUGUUUUUUUUUUUGUUUUUGUUUUUGCCCUGAAGUGCGGCUUAAUUAUGACGAUAAUUAUAGUGCCAAAAUUUUCGAGAGUUUUUUAAAAAUUUUACACGCGCCGAAUGCGUGAAACAUGGAAUGUAGUGUACAUAAUACGGUAUUGCCUGAAGUGAAGUUUUAUUGAAUAUGAAGAAUAAACAAUAUGCUUAGAAAACUGUUA